AUGCGGAGAGGCGUCGUCAUAUUUCUCGUUUGCACCGUGGUCUUCCUGGGCUUCGCAAUACACAAUGUCUGGACACUCCUGAGUCUGCUCGUCGUCGACGGCCGCGAAGACGCCAUUUCCCGCGCCGAGCUCCCUGCCCCCAACUCGGGCGCAAUCAGCGAACGACCGCAAUUGAUCCCCAAGAUCAUCCACCAGACAUAUGUCAACGAGAGCAUACCCCAGCACUGGCAGGGCCCGCAGAAGAGCUGCCUCGAUCUCCAUCCCGACUACGAGUACAAGCUCUGGACGGACAAAAAGGCGCGGGAAUUCAUCGCUGCUGAAUACCCUUGGUUCCUCGAGACGUUCGACGGCUACCGGUACCCGAUCCAGCGUGCGGACGCGAUACGAUACUUUGUGCUCCACCACUUCGGAGGCAUCUACAUUGACCUGGAUGAUGGAUGCAAUCGCAGCCUUGACCCACUCCUGGCCUACCCAGCCUGGCUGCGCCGCACUACACCCACCGGUAUCUCCAACGACGCAAUGGGCUCAAUACCGCGCCACCCCUUCUUCCUCAAAGCAAUCGACUCCCUGCCCGACUACAAUCGCCGAUGGCUACUCCCAUAUAUCACCGUCAUGGCGUCCACCGGUCCUCUCUACCUCAGCAUAAUCUGGCGCCACUACAACAGCGCAAAUCCGCAAGGCAAUGACAGAGUGCGCAUCCUCUUCCCCGACGAAUACAACCACCACCCGUGGAGCUUCUUCACCCACCACCUGGGGAACAGCUGGCACGCCAACGACGUGAAGCUCAUCUUCUGGAUGGCGCACCAUUGGAUCCUCCUCACCAUUAUUGGCUUCACACUCGGCUUUGCGCUGCUCUGGUGUCUAUACUCGACCUUCAUUCGGCAGCGACAAGCCAACGCACAGAAGGGUAAAUUCGCCUACGCCAGGAUACCUUUCUACCGUCGGAUAAGCCAGAAAGACAUCGAGCUCAACGACCGUCACGAAGUCUAG